AUGCAAUCUGCUAAGGGUUCGAAUUUCGCGAUGAUGUCCGCCACCUACGGUCUCCGAUUUCUCGUGGUCAUUUUUAUGAUCGCGGCUGCGGCGACAUUUUUGCAUGUUAAUAAUUACAGGCCCAAACAAAGAUUUCUUUCCUGCGAUAGACCAUGUCAUCACUUGGACUGGCCCAUGAUUUGUCGAUUGAAACUCACGCUCGAAGUCUUCCAGUCUCUUAGCAAGUCGUGCGGCGAUUGUCCUCAGAACGAGACGGCAUGCCUGUCGACUCAUUGCGUGUCAGCUGACGGGCAGAGACGUGGUAUCCUAACGGCAAAUCGACAACUGCCUGGCCCAGCUAUUCAGGUUUGUGAAAACGAUAUCUUGGUGGUCGACGUGAUUAAUCGGCUUCCGGGUAAAGCUGCCGCGGUGCACUGGCGCGGCCAAUCGCAGAUUGAGACACCGUACAUGGACGGCGCGCCUUUGGUCACCCAGUGUCCGAUUCCGAGUUACACGACUUUCCAGUACAAAUUCCGUGCCUCGGCCGCUGGAACUCACCUUUGGCAUGCUCACGCAGGUGCGGACGUUACAAAUGGAAUUUUUGGUGCGUUGAUCGUCAAACAGGCAGACAUAAAGGACCCGCACCGUUCUCUCUACGAUAUCGAUGAUAAAAAUCACGUGAUUCUGGUGACCCAGUGGCAGCACACGGCCGAGACCACGUUCACCCAGGGUCACUCAAAACCGGCGACGCUUCUGAUCAACGGGAGAGGACGUCAACCGAAUGGACCGAGUGUUCCCUAUACAACGUUCACCGUCAUUCCAGGCCGCCGUCAUAGAUUCCGUUUGGCGAACGCCGGUGGUGCUGGAACCUGUCCAAUAACUAUUUCCAUCGACGCGCAUCCCCUUUUGCUGAUUGCCCUGGAUGGGCAAGCGGUGGACCCGCGACAAGUUGCAUCGAUUACUUUGGCUACAGGUGAAAGGGCAGACUUUAUUGUAAAAGCGAACAAACGUGUCGCUCCUUAUUGGAUGAACGUGCAUACAUCAAAGGAAUGUGGAAGGAGUCCCAUAAACGGCGUCGCGGUUUUGAAGUAUAAGGGAAGCUCAAGCGGGGAUCCGUUAUCUGCGUCGGAAGUUAUCGAACAGGUCGAGGAGGAGCAAGCGGUGACGAAACGAUUUGUCAUGACGACGAAUCCAGCCGAGAAAUGCGGAAAUCCCGACAGUCUCUGCGCCAUGGAUUUGAAGGCAUUGCGGAAGAUACCGAAACCUCUCUCUGCACCAAGGAUGGAUGUUACGAUACAUUUGCCAAUAAAUUACAAGCUUCAAACCAACGACAUGAUUGUGGAUGGCGCAGCGGAAACAAGGGUACUUACCGUGAACAACGCAACGUUCACGUAUCCAUCGUCGCCCCUGUUGACACAGGGGUCUGACAUAUCCCGAGAAAAUUUGUGUACCUCGGAAGACAACGAUGACGCUCAUAACGAGAACAAGGAAACUGCAACAUUAUCAUCGCAAAGAUGCCGUUUCGGUGCUGGUAACGUAGCCAAUACAUGCGAGUGUGUUCACGUGAGACGUAUACCGCUCGGAGCGACCGUGGAAAUAAUACUUUUCGAUCAAGGUGGUCUCAACGAUCUGGUGUAUCACUUACACGGAUACACUUUCUACGUGGUUGGUGCGAGGAAGUUCGGGCGCAGUGUGUCGUUGCAGGAAUUAAAAAGUUUGAACAAUAAGGGACAACUAUUCACUCGGAAUCUCGAUUGCACGAUAGCCAAAGACACGGUCGUUGUACCGAAAUUCGGCGCCGUGGCUAUUAGAUUCAGGGCUGAUAAUCCAGGUUAUUGGAUGCUGCGAGACGAACACGCCGCUGAUUGGACUCGUGGUUUAGACGUGAUUCUACAGGUUGGGGAAUCUAGUGAUAUGCCACCCGCUCCAGAGGACUUUCCCAAAUGUGGAUCGUUUGUUGGGCCUGACUACUUCCUUAUAUAG